AUGCAAAGUGUAGGUCAUGCAGAUCAUCUGCAGAGUAAUGUAAUGAAUAGCUGUGGGAACUCUAAUAUUAGCACAAAGCUACGCGGAUCUAAGUGCUCAGAGAUACAAGAAGAAUCUGUUAGUAAUAAUCGAGCUGGUAUAUUAGAGAAAGGAGACAUCAAUGUUUUAAGUGGAUAUAGUUCAAAUGAUUUUAAUGCUACAAGAGGCACUUUGGUUAUUUGUCAAAGAAGUACAAACAAUUAUUCAUCUGAACAUAGCUUUUCCAGAUUCAAACCAAGAAUUGGAGGUGCUCCACGCAAUGAAUUUCGAAUGGCUCGUGGGGGUAGCUCUGGAGAUCGUGCCAGAGGUGCUUUGCGGGGUAGGGCUUUUAAAAAGACACCCAUUGAACGUGAUUCCAAUACAGAAACUAGCUAUUACCCUACAACUAGAUCAAAAUUUCAAGAAUCGCUGAAAAAUCAAGAAAAUGCACAGGGAAAGUAUUAUGACGACAAAAGAAUAAAUGAAGAUUCUAGAAUUUCUAAACUUUUGAGAAGAUUGUGCAGAGAAGAUGAUUAUGAUCAUUUUAUGGUGCUAUGUAAACAAGCACAGGAAGGUAUAAUAGCACCUGAAAAUCAGAGAUACAUAAAGCGAAAUUUGGAUGCCAUCUGUGAAAGCCUACUAGAUGUAUUACAUACUGGUCCUGGACCAGAAGCAAAACAGCAAGUUUCAAAAUGUUUAGGUCGCAUUGGAUAUGCUUCUGAACAAGAUUUUAAACGAUAUAUGGAUUGGGUCUUCAAUAAGUGUUCAUUGGAACGGAAAGAUGAUAUAAAGUGCCUUUUAAUUAAAUCGUUCAUUGAAGCUUUUAAACUAGACUCAGAAGCGCCAAGAUUAAAGGAAUUUUCAAUGUUAAUGAUGUCGCAAUUGCAAUCAACACUGGAGAAUGUCGACCGAUCGGAUCUGUUAGUAGCAACGGUGGAUGCGAUAUUGUUGAUAAUGGAAUCUUAUCCUGAAACAUUUUCAAAUCAUUUUCGUGAUACAGUUGACAUAUUAGUCGGCUGGCAUAUCGAUUCGACUCAGCAGAAGGCAAUUGCAACCUAUGCUAGUCGUAGUUUGCAAAGAUUGCGAACUUUUUGGAUAGCGGAUCUACAAUUCACUCUGACCUUAUUAGGACAAUUUUUAGAGGAUAUGGAAAGCUAUGACGAGGAACUGUCUUUGCCUGAAUCUGGGAGAAGUUCACCUGGAGAUGAAGCAUCGCCAACGCCGAAGGAAUGCAUCCGUCGUAUUACUUCUUUGAUCUCGGUGUUCAAUACAGUUACAAAAAGUAUAUCCGAGCAUUUGAAUCCCAAUCGUACUCCAAACGUGCAAUGGUCAUUUCUAUCUGAUUGUUUGUCAAAAAUGCUGAAAACAGUUGUAAAAGCGAUCGAAUUGGACGACGAUAAUGAGAUCUGGCUUUUAAAUUUUUCCCUUACAUCUGAGAGCGUCGAUGAAUUAUUGAAAUACGUUAAAAACGUAAGCAGUGUUCCGUCAAGAUAUUCCAGUAAAUCUGAACUGAUCGAAGAAGACGUCAUUAAUAUGUUCAAGUCUUUGAAUUUGAAUAAAAAUGAAUUAAAGAAUUUAAAACAGAACAUCGAGAGAGAGACUUCAUUGAAAGAAAGGGAAUCAUUGUUAAAUGUUGUACGAUGGAUGGAACUAAAAACAAAAAAAGAUAUAGAUUUAACUGAGGAAAAAGAAGAAUUGGUAGUAGUCGCAAACGAAUGUGCAUUUUUGUUGCUAGGGUAUCUUCAGAGUCGCACAACAAAGAAUCACGAAUUACUUUAUAAAUUCAUCGAUCUUCAGUUAAAAAGAAUUAACGUUUUUUGGGAUGAUACUAUAAUUUCCAUGUUGAAUACUAUCUCAAAAAUAAUAAAAGAGGUUUCCGCAAAUCUACCCCUGGAAUUGGUGCACAAAUUACUUGGAAAAGACUCCGCGUUACUCAAAUUGAGAUUUCGUGAUUCGAUUUCUAUUCAGAACGCCAGUCUCGGGGUAUAUCAUAGUCUCCUUGGUUUGAAAAAUAUCCCAUUAUUACAAGAAUCGUACCGCUAUAUACUGUCCGAUUUGGAGAUUGCUUAUAAACUUAUCUUAGCAGAUAUCGAAAGUUUGGUAGCAGAUAAUCCAUUACUGGAUGACAUUAAAUACAAAAAGAAUGAUGCAGAAAUUGUAGUUACUUUUCUGCUUAGAGCUCUUUCCGAUAUAGCGAACGCGAGCAAUUCGAUCAUUGGUAUGUGGGCAUUAAAACCGAGUAUUUUGGAGUUAUUGGCAGUCAAAUUGAAACCUUAUAACAGCACUUUAUCGACAACUAGUCCAUUUUUGCAAUAUAGUAUUUUAUAUUUGCUAUACGCGCAUUGUUCUAGGUAUAAUCAUUUUGUGCCAAGUUCAAGUUUAAUAACUGGAACAACCGCUUGUCGUCCAAUAGAUAUGUUUCCAGGAGCUCUGGAUGUACCAACGACAUCACCUACCAGCGGCCACCUCUCUAUCAUUCUGAACCUAAUAGCUAAAAGUUAUAACGAGCACACACCGGAGCAAACAUUAUUGCUCCUUUCAACGUGGAUGCAAGAGAUUUGUAUUCAGUCAGAAAAUUAUAUUGGUAUUCUGAGUAAAACAAAAGAGUACGAGAAUGUUCUCGCGAGUCUGGUUGCUUGUGGAGCUACUAUCGAUAGAAAUAUCUCCAUUGCUGUUUGCGAUCUCUUUGAGAUAUUAAUGAGUGCAAAGAAUGUCACUUGGAAAGAGGAAAUUUAUGCAUCUAUCGUGGAUUUAGUGAUGUUGCAUUUAACUUCACGAGAUGAAAUCGUACGAGAAAAGUAUGGCUCGCUAUUGACGCGAGUGCCUCUAAAUAUAGUGAUACCGAAACUGAACAUAGACUGCUUAUUAUCGGAGACUAAGAAAUAUCAGAGAAUUAAAAGUUACUCGACCGAGUCUUUAAUUCUUACUCAAAGAUUACAUAUGCGUGGAAACAAUAACGGAGAGUUGCAAGCUCAACAUUUCAAGACCUAUAUGGCUUUUUUGUUGCAAGAGCAAUAUCUGGAUGCGUCUGGACUGUCGGAGAUAUUUACAUUGUGUUGGCCAAUUGUAUCCGAGAGCGAAACUACGAAGAAGAUGUACCGUUUGGCACUGGCAAAUCGAUCCUUCCUAUAUUUUUGGGCUGGUUUCGAGGCAGCUCAGCACUGUGUGACCAACAAGCUUCGUACCUCGUUAGGGAAACCGCAGGAAACAUUUACAUCUAUCGAAAGUGCACUGAAAACAUUAGCACGUGAGAUAUCGUACAGCUUCGAGGCGACCAAGAAAGAGAAACGAAGUUUGGAUAAUUUGUUAGGUGAACACACUCGUGUGCGCCUGUUCAUUGAAUUUCUCGAACAUCUUGAAAGGGUAAUACACAAUGCGGCAGAGGGUUGCGCGAUCGCCCUGUCGUCACUGCCGAAACCAGUUAGAACCUUUUUCCAUACGAACAAAUCGACUUGCAAGGAAUGGUUGAAUCGUAUUCGACUAGCAUUAUGCGUAGUAUCGUUGCAUUCAGGAUUGGCUAGUAGCGCUUUGAGGAACAGUCAGAGACUAUUAGAAGAUUUAAAUAAUAGCGAUAACACGCAGGGUAUCGAAUAUGAAAGAGCAACGCUUUGUACGGCGCAAGCAAUGGUAAUGUUAGGUGAGGCGGAGGCGCUGCAAGGGCUUUACGUUUACACCAAGGAAAAAGAUAGAAAAUUUCCGUGGUUAAAGGCCGCCAUGGAAGAGGCUGCAAAUCGUUACGAAUCCGCUGCUGAAGCCUACAAAUUGAUCAUCGAGGACAGUAUGCGUGCUGCAAGUAGUCGACCAGGAAAAGAUUCAGAACAAGAAGAAGAAGGAGGGGAAGAUGAGACGGACAAUAGUGGUAAUGGCGGUGCUGAUGGUCCUGGUGGAGGUGAGGAUGUUACCUCUGAUGGAAAGGGCAAAGGUGUGAAGUCGGAAGGAGACAGUCAAGUUCUUAGUUUUUGUAUGCAACGACUGUGUUAUUGCUACGGAGCCGUCAGUGAUUGGUCUCGAUUGGAAGCUUGGAAACAACAGGAGGCUGAGUUAUUUGCGCGAGAUAAAAACGUCGUGCUCAGAAAGCACUUACCAAUGGAGAACAUUGCCUUUAGACAGGCAAAAUGUUUGAGAAAAUUCGAAAACGGUGAAAGCAUAUGUCUAGAUGAACUAACUGACUGGAACUUGAUGGAUGGAGAAGCUGGUAAAAAUGGAAAUUGGAGUUGUGCGAAAACGCUUGUCGAAUGCAGCAAUACGCUAACUAAUAUUGCACUCAGGAUUCACGUGAACGAUUACAAAGAUUAUUUCGAGGAAGAAAUUGAACGAUGCCGAAGAGUGGCGGCUAAAACUAUGGAGGAAGGUUUAAGAAAUGUACCUUCGGAGUAUUUGAACGAAUCGAUAUUGGUACGAUUCUCAGCAGACGGGUUAAAGGCCUUGCUCUCUGGUCAUGAAGAUAACGUGUUCGAAUUAUACAAAAGUGAGAAAGUAGAUCAUAUGAAUUCGAGCGUUUUGUCACGAACUUUAUGGUGGUCAGAAUAUUUCGGCAGAGCAAGAAAGAACAAUAGUUCUGAAACGCGGUUUGAUAACAAUGAGGUAGUUGAUUUACGGCUGCAUAUCGUUCGAACUGCCAGGAAGGAAGGUAACUUCGAGCUAGCGAAACGCGAACUUCUCAAUUAUUUGAGGACCGAACGAGAGCUGUGUCGACUGGACGAAUGCAAAGGGGGUGAACGAGAUUACGUUGAUAUCGAUUUCGAUCAAGUAACAGAAGAUGUCCUGAAGAAUGUGACGCAUGUAAAAUGGUCGAAGAACAAUAUACGUGCGUUCCGCGAAUUUUCAAAGUUACUAUACGACAUGGAACGAGUCGACAAAGCAUUGAAAGUCUGUAGCGCAACUGCGCUUGGAAUAUCUCGAACUAUUGUUGACGGAGAACAAUCGGCUGACUUACGAGAGAACGGUACUAUUCUUCUUCUCACUCUUGGCAAAUGGAUACAACAAGAAGUCGGCAGUACUGAAAAUGGCCAGUUGGAACAACUUCUUGAAUUCGAAGCUGCUCAUAACGACGGCUUGAUGAACAAACUGUUCGGACCAACGGCGAGUUCAAUACCAGUUUCAGACAUGAUAAUCGGCAGAUUGACGCAGCUCGGUGUAAAUCAGUGUCCAGAUUUGCCACUCGCGUGGUGCAACUUCGCUAGCUGGUGUUACAAAUGGGGAAGGAAGAUCGUAGACAAUUCAAAUUCAGGACAAUUAACUGAUGCAGAUAGAAGCACCAUACGAGACCUGCUUCCAUUCGAGACAGACGAAUCUGACUUGAACGCGAUCUUUUCCAUUCUCUCUCAGAGUAAAACAAUCCCUGAAGACGAAAGUGAAAUAACAGACACAUCCAAUGAUGUUAAUACCUCAGAUAUGAUAGAGAACCAAUUACGAAGUGUUCCAAUACUGAAUCGUGCUAGUGCUGAUCGCCUAGGAAUAUUCGUCGAUAUCUGGAGACAGGCGCAGAAGAGGAUUUAUUCCUAUUACGAGCUUUCAGCGAACGCAUACUUCAAGUACUUGCAGCUUGCUGCGAUUAAAGAAGCAAACGAUUGCGCUACUAUCACAGCUACACUCAGACUUCUACGACUAGUUGUAAAACAUGCUCUUGAAUUACAGAACGUUUUAGAAUCUGGACUUUCAACCACUCCUACUGCUCCAUGGAAAGAAAUAAUACCGCAAUUGUUUUCGAGGCUCAGUCAUCCUGAGUCUUAUGUGAGGACAAGAGUAUCUGAAUUGCUGUGUAGAGUUGCAGAGAAUUCACCACAUUUGAUCACCUUCCCGGCGGUAGUCGGUGCGGUUUCUGGUCAGAAGAAAAAUUGCGACAAAGUUAUCUAUGAGAAAGCGGAAACUGAUUCAUCUCAGAACGAUUUAGAUUUUAUAGAAGAAGAAGAGGAAAUUGGCGCUGAAAGUUCUGUUGCGGCUUAUCAAGACGAGCAAGAAAAAUUCAUGGACUGUUGCUUCUCGCAACUGGUAGAUUGUCUGUCGAACAGAAUUCAGGAUUCCAUCGAACAAGUUAAAAUACUCGUGAAGGAGCUGCGUCGAAUUACAUUGUUGUGGGACGAGCUAUGGUUGGCGACACUGUGCCAGCAUCACACUGAAAUCUCCAAGCGAUUUGAGCAAUUAGAAAUGGAGGUGCAAAAGGUCCAAGAUAAUGCUUGGCUGAGCGCCGAAGAGAAAGAUAAAUUAAUCGCAGAAAAGCACCGGAUCAUAUUGAAACCUAUAGUCUUUAUAUUAGAGAAUCUUUCGGCCAUGACUUCCGUUACGGCUGAAACACCACACGAGAGAAACUUCCAGGAAAAGUUUGGCCCAUCGAUAGAUGAAGCAAUAAGUAAAUUAAACAAUCCUAAAAAUCCUGCGAAGCCUCAGAUUGCGAGUAUGUGUUUAAAACAAUUAGAAGGGAAAUUAGCUCAGCGUGUACAUAGACGAGCUGCGUACUCUCUCUCUAUGAACGAUAUUAGUCCAAUAUUAGCCAACCUGCGAAAUACGUGCAUUGCUAUGCCAGGUGUUGCUGCCAAUGAUAAUAAAAUCGUCACCAUUGAAUCUGUAGAUAAUAAUGUCCAGAUAUUACCAACUAAAACCAAGCCUAAGAAGCUCGUUUUCCAUGGUUCAGAUGGACACGUUUACACGUACUUGUUUAAAGGUUUGGAGGACCUUCAUUUGGAUGAAAGAAUUAUGCAAUUCUUGAAUAUAUGCAACACCAUGAUGUCGAAGAAAGGUGACACGAAAAAGGUGUACAGGGCGCGUCAUUAUUCGGUGAUACCAUUAGGACCAAGAUCUGGUUUGAUACAAUGGGUGGACGGUGUGACGCCUUUGUUCGUGCUUUAUAAAAAAUGGCAGCAGAGAGAGAGCGCGAUGCUUAAUAAAACGAGCAGUUCGGCAGUGUUAAGACCUUCAGAACUGUUUUACAAUAAAUUAACCCCGCUAUUGAAAGAGCGGGGAAUUGGUUUGGAGAACAGAAAAGAAUGGCCCAUUCAAGUGUUGAAACAAGUCUUGGCCGAAUUAAUGGCCGAAACACCUAAGGAUUUGUUGGCAAAAGAGAUUUGGUGUAAUAGUAUAAACGCUGGAAGUUGGUGGCAGGCAACCAAAAAUUAUUCCUACUCGGUCGCCGUAAUGUCGAUUAUCGGCUACAUUAUUGGUCUUGGUGACAGACAUUUGGACAACGUGUUAGUCGAUCUGAAUACAGGCGAGGUUGUCCACAUCGAUUACAACGUUUGCUUUGAGAAAGGCAAGACUUUGCGUGUUCCAGAAAAGGUGCCAUUUAGAAUGACUCCGAAUAUCAGAACAGCGUUAGGAGUAACCGGUGUCGAAGGCAUAUUUCGUUUAGCCUGCGAACAUACGCUUCGAGUGAUGCGUCGAGGACGAGAAACCUUGCUGACUUUACUAGAAGCGUUCAUAUAUGAUCCGCUAGUUGAUUGGCGAGCUGGGGCGGAUAAUAGUAUAGCCAGUUAUGGAGCAUGUCAAGCUAGAGCACGAUGCACAGGUAUUGGAAGGAAACAAUUGGAACAAGAAUUGACGCGAGCAAUGUUCGCCGUUCGGACGGCGGAAAUGCGUGCUGAGUGGUUAGCAAACAGAGAUGAAUUGGUUAAGAUCUUUCCAUCGUUAUGUCAUCAUUUGAAUUGUUGGGUAGAGGCAACAGAUGCCUCGCGUCAAUGUCAGGAUUUAUUACAAGAUAGACAUCAACAACUUGCUUUGGUCAAAGAAGCACAGGCAAUGGGGCGUAGUCAUCUACUAUAUUCCGUGAUAAAACGUUAUAACUCUUUUAAGAGAGCACGCGAUGCUCAUGAAAAAGCAAAAGCUGGGUUAAAGGAGAAGAUAGACGAUUGCGAAAAGCAAAUUAACAUGCAUAAUAUGGCACUUGCGGCUAUACGGGGUCCACAAUUGGGACAAUGGUUGUCAGAAUUAGGAACGUCUACGAAUCCAGAGGAUCAUGUAGUCUUUGAUCUUGUCAAAGAAUUUCUGCAGAAUGCCGGACAAAGUCAAAUGAUCGUUCAGUGUGAGCAGUCUGAAAACGAGCUAACUCAGUUAGCUACGCAACAAUCUAUACUAAUACGAAGCUGUCUAGAUCUCUUGAGUCAAUAUUCGGCGAUCUGUAGCUUAUAUCCUCUGAGCAGUAUGUCACAGCAUCGUACAGUACUCUAUCACGCUUGGUCUAACAAACUUCUGAAUUCGGGAAGCGUCGAGGCUUGCCGCGAGGUUAUGGCGCAAUUUGAGAAUACCUUUGACCCAAUCAAAAGCUCCAAUAAUCAGCAAGUUCAACAAAUAAUAACAUUCUCUUAUCAGAUGCAAGCAAUUCUGAACGAGGCGAAUGAAAGAUUAAAGAAAGCUUACGAAAGAAUGGUUUCGGAAGGAUUACCGGAAUCAGUCACUAGAAUAGAGAAAGCGUAUGGAGAAUCGAGAGUACAGAUACAGAGUUUUUUGAGACGAGAAAAGGGAGCAGAAAAGGCACUCGAGUGUGUUAACAUAACUGCCCUUUGUGCCUUGAAUAAGAGGUACCUAAUGAUGGAAGGUGCAGCUAAAUGCGCAGGAGACUGUUUAGUCGAUCUUACGUCCAGAGAAGGGGAUUGGUUUUUAGAUGAAAUGCGAUUGAUGUCAUCUUUAAUUGCCGAGCUGGUCAGUUUAAUACCCGAGUGUCAUAAGACGAACAAUGAUCCCAAGAUAUCUCUUAUACUGAAAUGUUUGAGAGGAUCAGACUGCAUCUAUAAAGGAUUGCAAGAACUCAAUUAUAAUUUCCACACCAUUAUUCUGCCUGAAGCGAUGAAAACGAUUAUAACUGAAGAGCCUACUGUGAUCAGGAUGAUUGGAGAAUUAACAGAAAUAAUUGUAUCAUCUGGUGUGCCACUUGGUGAGAUCUUAGGUCAGUUAGAAAUGCAUCUGAGGUUCACUGUUAUGGAGAUGGACAGUCCACAUGCGAUGAUACAAAAUGUGGUGAACAACAUGAGAAUACGAUUCGAAGCAUUGCUGUCUCGACCAGCCGAAAUUCAGGAACCGAAUCAAGACGAGGCAUUGACUCCUGGACAAAUGCUCUUAAUGGGCUUCAAUGGGUUGUUCGAAAAGCUUCAAAUGGAAGGUAACGGGCUGAUCGCUACUCUGAGCACGUUGGAAAUCCCGCAUUCGUGGCGAAAAAUCGAUCAGAUUCGAGAAGCAAAAGAAAUGUCCGCGCCUAUAUUCAACAAAACAGCUUGUCAGGUUUUGGAGGACAUAUUCCUAGUCAAACGAUUACACACUAUACAGGAAUUUUUCCUGAUGUGCAGAGAUAUUGCAACUGCAUUCAAGGGUGGUUUAGCAAAUGUUUACGACGACGAAAGACUUAACAAACCAAUAAGAAUUUUCACAGCGGAUUACGUAUCGAGACAGCUGCUUGGUGUUACUUCUCAAACACUAGCUAUCGCACUCUGCUUUUUACUACAGAGGUUGGGAUUAAGCGUUACCACCGAGAUUGAACAGAGGGAUAUCGGAGCUGAGAGUAAAGUCUCAAUAGAAGAACUGUGCAGAAAGGUUGUUGAUCUCUGUUUGAAGAGAGGUCUUUUCUCUGGACCUGUUCUCGCGCAAGCUAGCGCACUCAGUAGUACUCUCGAAAGCGCAUGGCGAAGAAAACAGAGUGCACGGUUUGCUCAACAGUGCGUCGAGGUAGUUAGGGCUAGUAUGCAGAGACUUCAGCUGCAACUAACAGCUCACCAUUGGCUGCACGAGGAUAGCUUAAUGAUGAGGACGAAUGUUAAUCUAAUGAAUCCUUUGAAUCGCUCUGCAUUCAUGCUGGAACUGCGAAAAACAGCUGCGGCACUAUCUGGUCUACAAUCACGAGUAUGUGAAGCACGAGAACAACAACAAAAUCUUGUUUCCAGCGCGGUACAACGAUUAAAAUGGGCUGCUGGAGCAAAUCCAGCUCUCGGAGAAGUUAUGUCCGCUUUCGACAACGCGGUGGUUUCAUCUUGUGAAAAACUAACUCGACAGCAUAAUCUCGCAACCAGUGUUAUCAAUACCUGCAAUUCUAUAUUACAUUACGAGGCUCUAAGGACCAGAACAUCCGAAAGUCUAACGCACGAUACGAAUUUCGUCAAAUUGAUCAAACAUUGGGAAGAGAGUUGUAUCUUAACGAUAAAUCUGAACAUAACUGUAACUGCGAUUGAAGAGAGUCUUGUCGAACUGUUGCAAAUGGACAGUAACGUCGACAUGAACUGGUUAAAGCAUGCCGAAAGAUUUAUCUCCGAGGCGAUACUCGAUGUUCAGAAGAAAUUGCAAGAAAAACAAGAAGGUUUGAUCUCUGCUCAGGAACGUUUGAGAGAACAAGUGUCAAACUUGCAAAGCGUGUUAACGAUGCACCACGUAUUGAUGUCGGACGUUCGAAUUUUACUACGAACUAUGGUGAAACAAGAGAACAUUGAAGGCUUGCAAGAAUUUCUCUCUUCUUAUCGAUCUUUCACCGAGAGCAUAUCGGCAAGUGUCAAGGAACUUGAACGUGACAGUCUGGAUGUUAACAGAGGUAGAGCGAUUAAAGACGAAUUGGAGAAGAUGGCAACUAUCGUGCCAAAUUUGUAUAACGAGUUGUUGGAGUUCGCCAAUGAAAAGAAAAUAAAUCCAGCAAAGACACUUGAAAAGCAGAAAGAAAUGGAGAAGGAAAAAGAGAGGGAGAGAGAAAGAGAGAGUGAAAUUGACCCUUCAACAGCUGGUUUAAUGAAGAAGAAGGGAAAAUUAAUGAGGCAGGAGGGCAUGUGUUACAGUCCUAGAAAGGGAAUUCCAUUGACCCGUGAUCCAACUACUGGCAAAGCUGUCCAAGAGCGGAACGCGUAUGCACUAAAUGUUUGGCAUCGUGUGCGAAUGAAGUUGGAAGGAUGUGAUCCUCAUCCAACGCGCAAGUACACAACGGCCGAACAAGUGGAAUACGUGAUACGCGAAGCUCAGAGCACCGAUAAUUUAGCCCUCUUAUACGAGGGUUGGACACCAUGGGUCUGAACGAAAGCAGAUUGACGCAGUCGCGUCGAUGGUUCUAUGCUCGUUACACACGGUACUCGAGUUCGUACCGUUCUACGCUCUACGCUCGACGGAGCCUAGCUCUCUGUCCGACCAGGUGUGAAGUACACAUCUUCGUUGCCACCUGGAAGAGAAAGUUCAUGCCCGCAAGGAUCAUGCCGUUUAAGUUCGGCAGCGCGCACUUGCAUACAAGGAAAUUCCUGUGCGACCCGCGAUCAAACUUCGAUACUGCCACCGAUUCUAUGAUUAUCUCAAAAAUCUCUCGUUAAACAGCGCGUACAGUGCGAUCUACCAAGGUUUCUUCUUUCCUAUUUUCCGUCUAUACGUAAUCUUUGUCCGUUUUCUUUCGUCAUGCAACUUGUCUGGUUACAGUGGACAGGCGUGCAAUAGCUCGAGAAACGAUAAGAAGCGGAAGUUAAAAGAAAAGCACGCGCGUAAUUUGUUAAUUGUGGAUAGGGCAACAGAGAAUGCUUCAACAAGUAGGUUGAAAGCUGGGAGGGAGGAUAGAAGGAAAAAAAUAUACCGACGUACGAUUGAAUCAAAGUCAGCGGUCUUUUUACGUAUAUUGCUUGUAUGUUCAAAUGUCUCGAUGUUAAAAUUUGGGAAAAGCAUAGAAUCUGCCGCAUCUUUGAAAUAACGAGAAGCAACGACGGAAUGUUUGGACGGUGAUGCGGAGGAGCUCGAUGAUGAUUAACGCGUCGAUGGUGACACGUUAAGUGCCACAGACAUUCGUUCGAAGGAGGAGCCCUUCUUUUGACCAUUUACCUAUUAUUUCUCUAUUUUUAGCAAAUCUGUCGGUCGGUCGAAUUUUAUGAUCAUAAAUUCAGUCUCGGUAGAAACGUACAUGCUGUUCAUGAGUAGUCGAAGAUUCAUAUGGAAAUUUAGAGCGGGACCAAGAACGAUGAUGUCACUAUCGAGUCGCGUAUGAAGUAACAGAGAUUCACUAUUGAGA